UGCGGAGCGCGCUGAACCGGAGUAGAGACUGUGGGCGGGGGCAGAGGCUCGGCCUAUGGUCCCGCCCCCGGCCGCCCGUUGUGCGGUAGCGCCUGCGCCGCGCUCGCGGCCCUGAGCGGGAGGGCCGGCCCAUGCAGCAGCCAGCGUCGCCGCCAUGGACCUAGGACCCUUGAAUAUCUGUGAAGAAAUGACUAUUUUACAUGGGGGCUUCUUGCUGGCCAAGCAGCUGUUCCACCCCAGAGCAUUGGUAGAAUUGACAAAGUCGGACUGGGAGCAUGUUGGUCGGCCCAUUGUGGAGGCCUUGAGGGAGAUCUCUGCUACAGCAGGCUCCCAGCCCUUUGCCUGGAAGAAGAAAGCUCUGAUCAUCAUCUGGGCCAGGGUUCUUCAGCCCUACCCUAUCACUCCUUCUGACACUGAAACUCGGUGGCAGGAAGAUGUGUUCUUCUCAGUAGGCAACAUGAUCCCUACUGUCAAUCAUACGGUCCUUUUUGAGCUGCUCAAGUCCCUGGAAGCUUCUGGACUUUUUAUCGAGCUCCUGAUGGCCCUGCCUACCGCCAUCUGCUAUGCAGAACUAGAGCACUUUUUGGAGCACAUGACUGUUGACACUUCUUCAAAGGAUGUGGCUUUUUUCCUCAACGUCUGGUGGGAAAUGAUGAAGCACAAGGAGAAUCAGCAGGAUCCCCUGCUCUCCCACUUUAGGACAGUGGCUCAUAAGUACGUGUCCUCUUCAGAUGAGUUCUCCCAUCCUCCAAAAAGGUUUAAGUCUGACCCAGAUGUGUGUCCUACCAUGCCCCUGUUGGCCAUGCUGCUCACUGGGCUGAAGCAAAUCCAAAAUAGAAUCCUGUGCCCUGGGAUGAAGUGCCGUGCAUUAGCCAACUUGGCUGACAUGCUGACAGUGUUUGCACUCAUGGAGGACGACCCUCAGGAAGUGUGUGCAACUGUGUAUCUAGACAAGCUGGCCACUGUGAUCUGUGUGUGGAAUUCAGACACCCAGAACCCAUAUCACCAACAGGCGCUGGCAGAGAAGGUCAAAGAGGCAGAACGGGACAUCAGCUUGACCUCAUUCUCCAAGCUCCCCAGUGAGACGGUUUUCAUGGGGUUUGAGUUCCUGCACAGCCUGCUGCGGGAGUGGGGGGAGGAGCUGCAGGCCAUGCUCAACAACAGUCAGGGGAUGAGUUAUGACAGCUACCGGCUGUGUGACAGUCUGACUGCCUUCAGCCAGAACUUGAAACUCUACUUGGACACCUCCAGUUUGUCCAAGGAGGAGAGGCAGGUGGUCUCCGAGCUGGCAGAGUGUGUCGCGGACUUCCUGAUGAAAGUGAACAGGGUACUAAAGAACAAGGGCUCUGAAAAGGACAUCGCUGCCUCCAUUGCCAUGACCAUUAUUGAACAGAAGAUGGAACGGCACAUGGAAAUGUGCUACAUUUUUGCUUCUGAGAAGAGAUGGGCCUUCUCAGAAGAGUGGCUAGCCUGCCUGGUUAAUAAUUGGGCUCUCUUCCGAGAGCCAGACUUGGUUUUAAAGCUUCUGGAAACAGUGAUGGAAGUCAGCACAACAGAGAGAGCCAUCCCUAAAUCUCAGAUCAAACAAGUGAUCAACUUGAUCCUGGAAUGUUAUUCAGACCUCUCCUUGCCAGAUAAAAAUAAAGUCCUCUCAGGAGUCCUGCUUUCCUGGGGACAAAAGGGUCUCUCUGAGAAGCUGUUGGUUUACUUGGAGGGGUUUCAGGAAGACCUCAAUACAACACUGAACCAACUCACACAGAGUGCCUCUGAAGAGGGCUUGUUUAGAGCCAUAGUCUCUAUGGCCCGCUUGGUAAUACUGCACCCAGAGAUCACAGUGAAGAAAAUGUGCAGCAUGGCAGUGGUCAGCCUUGGCACCCACAAGUUCCUGGCUCAGAUCCUCACUGCCUUCCCUGCCCUUAGGUUCACAGAAGAGCAGGAGCCAAAUCCAGCCCCAACUUUCAUGGUGUCCUGCCUCAAAGAAACCGUCUGGACAAAGUUCUCUACACCUAAGGAAGAAAAGCAGUUCUUGGAGUUCCUGAACUGCCUAAUGAAUCCUGUGAAGCCCCAAGGAAUUCCAGCUGCUGCUCUUCUUGAGCCAGAUGAGGUACUGAAGGAGUUUGUUCUGCCUUCCUUGAUGCUGGACGUUGACGAAGUGGACCUCAGUCUGAAGAUCUUUAUCCAGACUCUGGAAGCAAAUGCGUGCUUAGAGGAAUACUGGCUCCAGACCUGUUCCCCAUUCCCCCUCAUUUUCAGCUUGUGCCGGCUCCUGGAUUGUUUCAGUAAAUACUGGCAGCUGCCCAGGGAGAAGAGGUGCCUCUCUUUGGAUGGGAAGGAUAUGGUGACACAUAUCCUGGAGCUCCUCUGUGAGACUGUAUUGGCUAAUGCCGAGACCUCCUCCCCAGACACCUGGAUCAGGUCCCUGUCCUGGCUCCAUCGGAAGCUGGAGCAAUUAGACUGGACUGUGGGUCUAAGACUGAAGAACUUCUUUGAGGGCCACUUUAAGUGUGAGGUGCCAGCCACACUUUUUGAGAUCUGUAAGCUCCCUGAGGAUGAGUGGACCUCGCAGGCUCCCCCUGUGUAUGGGCCAGGCACAGGGCUUCUUGCCUGGAUGGAGUGCUGCUCCAUCUCCAACAGCAUCUCUGAGCAGAUGCUCUCCCUCUUGGUGGUGGAUGUGGACAACCCUGAGGAGGUCAGAUUGUUUAGCAAGGGCUUUCUGGUGGCCCUGGUGCAGGUAAUGCCUUGGUGCAGCCCCCAGGAGUGGCAGUACCUUCAUCAGUUGACUAGGAAACUGUUGGAGAAACAGCUUCUGCAUGUCCCUUAUAGCCUGGAAUAUAUUCAGUUUGUUCCUUUGCUCAACCUGAAGCCCUUUGCCCGGGAGCUCCAGCUCUCUGUACUCUUCCUGAGAGCUUUCCAGUUUCUCUGCAGCCAGAGUUGUCGUAACUGGCUUCCAAUGGAAGGCUGGAGCCAUGUUGUCAAACUCCUCUGUAACAGUCUGACCAACCUCCUGGACUCGGUUAGGUUGAUACAGUCAGUUGGCCAUUUGGCCCAAGGACAAGAACAGGACCUGACCCAAGAAACCCUAUUUUUUUAUACCCAGAUAUUCUGUCAUGUUCUGCACAUAAUGGCCAUGCUCCACCAAGAGGUGUGUGAACCACUCUAUGUUUUGGCCUUAGAAAUUCUGACCUGCUAUGAGACCCUGAGCAAGACCAACUCCUCUGUUAGCUCCUUGCUCCAGAAGGUAAAUGAGCAGCGCUUCUUAGAGUCAAUUGCGGAGAACAUUAGCCCCGAGGAGCGGCGCCAAACCCUGCUGCAGAAGAUCAACAGCUUUUGAUCUUUGUGGAUCAGAAAACAACUGGUCCUCACAAUUAUGUGCAGUUGUACACAAGCUAAAAAGUAUAUGGCAAUAAUAGUAUAAAGAAAAUAGUUUCAGGUAUUUGUAACAUACAAGUUAUAAUAAAAUUCUUUUUUGAGUUUCA